AUGGGGGCCCUGCUGGGGCUGCUGGUGCUGCUGGGCCUGGCGGGGUGCCCGGCCACCCUGGGGGACCAGGUGGGGCUGCGCGUCACCACCACCUGGGUGACAGUGCCGCAGCAGUUGAGCCCUCAGUCUGACGCUGAGCCCCUGUUCAUCUCCUACCGGCUGGAGGUGGGGGGGAGGCCGUGGGUGCUGCGCCUGUGGCCCCGGCGGGGCCUGGUCUCCCACCCCUUCACUUUGGUCACCUACGGCGAGGACGGGGCCCACAGGGAGGAGCACCCCUCGGUGCAAGACAACUGCUUCUACCAGGGUGAGGUGCAGGGGAGCCCCGGCUCCCUGGUGGCCCUCAGCACCUGCCGCAGGGGCCUCCACGGCAUAUUCUGGGUAGAUGAUGGCACCUACGAGAUCGAGCCCAUUCCUCAUGAUCCUGCCUUCCGGCACAUCCUCUACCACACGGGAGCAGCUGAUAAGCCUACAGGCCCUGCCUGUGGGCUGACCCCGGAGGAGCUGCAACGCCAAAAGGCUUUGCUGCCCCAGCAAAAGGUCCCUCAGCAGGAGGAGGAGAUGGCGAAGGACUGGUGGACACACAUCAGGUAUGUGAAGAUGGUAAUGGUCGUGGACAAGGUACGUUUUGUGAAGUCGGACAGUGAUGAAUCUGAAGUCUUGAGGCAAGUCAUAGAAGUCAUCAACAUUGGGGACUUGCUGUAUGAACAGCUUUCUGUUCAGCUCUUUCUUGUGGGAUUGGAGAUCUGGACCAAAAGCAACCUUAUAAACAUUACUGACUCUGCCAACAAGACACUUUAUGACUUUAACGAAUGGCGAAAGUCAGACCUGUCUCCACGGAUGCGCCAUGAUACUGCUCACUUAUUUGCAUUUCAGAACUUUAGAUGGAGCCUGGGGUCGGCAUUUGUAGGGACCAUCUGUGAUAACCAGUGGUCAUCAGCAAUUGUUUCCUUCACUGAUAGGAAGUUGUCCUCACUUACUAGCACAUUUGUCCAUGAGCUGGGCCAUACUCUUGGGAUGUACCAUGAUGAACGGGGCUGUAAAUGUAGACGUAAAACAUGCAUUAUGUGUGAAAGCAAUGUCAACACUGAUGCAUUCAGUGACUGCAGUUACAAAGACUACUUUGAUCUCCUUGGACGUGGUGCCGACUGUAUUCGUCAGCCACCAGCACCCGGCACUUUCUACACCGUGAAGCAUGAAUACUGUGGCAAUAAAGUAGUGGAAAGCAGAGAACAAUGUGACUGUGGUUCAGAAUCAGACUGCAGAAAGGAUCGUUGUUGUCACCCAAAUUGUACGUUUACUGCGGGUUCAGUCUGUGCUUCUGGAAAAUGCUGCAAGAGUUGUCGGGUCCUUCCAGCAGGAACGCUCUGCAGAGCAGGCAUUGGUGACUGUGACCUGCCAGAGUAUUGCAAUGGGACUUCCCCUUGGUGCCCACCAGAUGUCUACAUACAAGAUGGAACCCCUUGCAAUGAUGAUGCUCGUUGCUAUCGAGGAAAAUGUUCUUCCCACAGUAAACAGUGCCAGCACCUUUUUGGCAAAAAAGCCAGGGCUGCUUCUUUUGAUUGCUUCAAAGCAGUGAAUACUCGAGGUGACCGAUUUGGGAAUUGUGGUAUUCGUAACAAUACCCAUUUUACAAAAUGCAGUAUUGAGAAUGUCUUAUGUGGCAGGAUCCAGUGUGAAAACAUAGAAAAAUUGCUUUUCUUGCAGAACCAUGUAACGCUAGUCCAAACCCCAGUUGGAGAUAAAAAGUGCUGGAGUCUCGACUAUUAUGUAGGGAUGCCAACAGCUGACGUGGGAGCUGUGGAAGAUGGCACACCAUGUGGUAGUGAUAGAAUUUGUAUCAACAGAACAUGUACCAGCAUAUCACUACCGAACUACAGCUGUAGUGUGACAAAGUGCCAUGACAGAGGACUGUGUAACAAUCAUAAGAACUGUCACUGCAAAUAUGGCUGGGCUCCUCCAUAUUGUGAAUGGAAAGGACUUGGAGGUAGCAUUGACAGCGGACCCCCUCCAGCCAGGUAUCUUUUUCAGAGGGAAAAAAUAGGAGUAACACUACUUAUUGUUCUUCUUCCCUGUAUCGUUGGAAUAACCCUUGCCAUAUGUUAUAAACAGGAAAUAGUGGGGUGGCUUAGGAGGUAA